UUCUGCACCAAGAUGACGAGAAACAAACGAAUUGCAAAAGCUGUCAGCUGGAGCAACGAUCGAUACUGGGCAACUUGGGACAAGUGGAUGGAAGUGAUUGACUGGGAAGAUGAGGAAGAGCUGUGCUCCCCAGCAGAAUCACCCUCUGACCAGGCUGACCGUUCCAUCGUGUCACACACCCGAAAGCCAAUUGCCAAGGCAGUUAGCUGGACGGAUGAUGUGUAUUGGGCAGCCUGGGACAAGUGGGAUGAGAUCAUCUGCUGGGGUGAAGAAGGAGAGUGCUCCCCAGCAACUCCACCCAUCAACCAGCCUGGUAGGGAUAAGGGGUUAGACAUGCAUGGGUUAGAGGUUUUUCUGUUAAAUGAAAGGACAGUCUCCAUAAAGCCUGCAGAUGACCACCAAGACAGGCUGAAAAUAGGAGCCGUAGUGGUCGACCUCUGCCAGUUUGAGCUAGAUGGUGUAAAUGAUAAAUUUGAAAUUGUCGAAAUACAAAUUGGAGAGGUCAAAUUGGAGGAGACUGCAGAGAGGGGUUUUAAUUCAGAAUUUGAAUUGGAAAUUAUGGAUGUGGAGAUAGAGGUUGUAGACAGUGAAUUCCAGCUGAAUGCUCUUAAUUGGGAAAUUGCUGGAACUAAAGUGGACAAAUUAUUAGUGGAACACCUGAACAUAAAUAAUCUAGAAGCAGGCAGUGUGAAGGUGUCCACAUCAAAUGGGAAUGUGGUAUAUGUCAAUGGUAUGUGAGUGUGUUUGGUAAUGAUGGGUGUGAAUGGUGUGUGUAAGUGGUGUGUGUGUGUGUAUGAGAAUGGUGAUUGAAUGGUGUGUGUGAGGUAAUGGCGUGUGAGUGAAUGGUGUGUGUGAGUGACAGGUGUGUGAAUGGUGUGUGUGAGGUAAUGGCAUGUGUGAGUGAGUGUGAGUGGUAAUGGCGUGUGUGAGUGAAUGGUGUGUGUGAGUAUAUGGUGUAUGUGAAUGGUCUAUGUGUGUGUGAAUGGGGAGUGAAUGGUGUGUGAGUGACUGGUGUGUGUCUGGUGUUUAUGAAUGGUGUGUGUGAGUGAAUGCUGUGUGAAUGGUGUUUAUGAAUGGUGUGUGUGUGAGUGAAUGCUGUGUGAGUGACUGGUGUGUGAAUGGUGUUUAUGAAUGGUGUGUGAAUGAAUGGUGAGUGUUUGUGUGUGUGUGUGUGUGUGUGAAUGAUCUGUGUGUGUGAGCCUGCCCUGUGAUGGGUUGGUGUCCCAUCCUGGGUUGUUCCCUGCCUCGUGCCUGUAGCCUCUGGGAUCCAUCUGACCGCCUGUUCCAAAAGGCAAAUUGAUCCCCACAUCCCUGAACAGGAGAAGCGGUUUUAGAAAAUGGAUAAAUGUUCCCAGAGGUGUGAGGCAACAGUGCUAACCACUGUACCAUGCAUAUGUAUAGGAUAUGUAGAAGAAUACCUGUUGCAGUUAUCUGAUGUGUGUGUUUUUCACUCUCCCUGCCGGCCCCUGGAGGUUUGGGCUUCCCCUUUGAGUCUGGUGCCUCCCAAGGUUUCUUCCUUCUAGGGAGUUUUUCCUUGCCACUGUCGCCUAUGGCUUACUCACUGGGGGCUUUGGGUGGGGGUGCU